AUGCCCCAGAAGCGAUAUCUACUCGAAGCCGGUCCUUCGACAUGCAGGAAACACUUAUUAGAGCCCAAGGCCUCGACUUCAAAUCAUACGUCCGCCAAUGAAGAAGAUGCUAAUGAGCCUUCAAGAAAAGCCGAAAUCGAAAACAUUGAAGAAAGGUUGAGAGCUCUUGAAGAAGAAGGUGAAGUGUUAAAAGGAGCUUUCUUGGAGAGUCUGGAAGAAAGGGCAAAGUUGGUCACCGAGUUAAAUGAUCGUUUUAACAGUUUAACUCAGAGAGGCUCGAAUAGUGAAGCAUUACCCGGUCGUUCGGUUCAAAUCAUCUCACUCGUGAAGGAAAAAAGAGCUGGUCUGCUGCAGGUUCUAUGGGAAGAACCAAAUCCAUCUAUUGUUAAGAGGGGUCUAAGAGCUAAAGCAAUAAGAUAA